AUGGCAUCAUCUUUUUUCAUAUCACCUUCAACACCAACAGGAAAUAAUCAUCGUAUUGAACUUGCUGGUAUCGAUCUUUGGCUCCUGGCAUGCAUCAAUAAUAUAUUUGUCUAUCCUUCUGAAAUAAAUAUUGAUCAAUUUAAACAAGCACUUAGUCGUACUCUUUCUUUAUGGCCACUUGUUUGUGGUCGUAUUGUGUUAGAAAAUGAUCAACAUUAUGUCAUUGAAAUGUGUGAUAAUCCUAUUCCGGUAACAUUAGUGCUUAAUAAUGAUUUGAAACAAUGGCCUCUAAAUUCAAAUGCUUUAGUAGAAGUAAAUGAUAAACGCCUAUCAGCAUUUAUCGAUGAAAUUCAAGUAACUAAAUUAUUUAAUAAUUCAUCUGAUGAACCACUUGUUCGCUUCAAAUUAACUCAUAUUGCACAAAGUGGUGAAUGGGCAUUAGGUAUCAGUUGGUAUCAUCCAUUAGGUGAUGCUGCUGCAUGCUUGCAUUUUUCUAAUACAUUAUCACGCUUUUAUCAACAAAUGGAACCAACAAAACCAUUACCUAUAUUUGAACGACGUUUAUGGCGAGAAGAUGAAGCUGAUCAAGCAUUGUUACCCUUGAUGAAACAAUUACGCGAUGCUAAACCUGCAGAAGAAGUUAUAAACGCUGUUUUAGAUCAUCAAGUACAUUAUGAUCAACUAAAUCUUCAUUUUUCUGGUGAACAACUUGCUAAAUUACGAACAUUAGCUGGUGGAAAUAGUGUAACAAUACAAGAUGCACUUACAGCAUAUAUUAUAUUAACACUUAAUGCAUAUUGUUAUAAUGACAAUGAUGAACAUCGUAUUUUGCGUACAAAUACAGUUAUUAAUUUUCGUGGCAUUUCUGAUUCUAUUGCUCCACAAGGUCAAGUUUCGAAUGCAGUAUUCAUGAUGUUAUCAGAUAAUUUUGAUGAUCCAUAUUCAUUAUCAAAUAUUGCGAAGACGAUACGGCGAUCAAUUGUUGAAUCACGUAAUUCGAAAACUCUUGAACCUCGGUUGGCUACUUUUGAUGGAUUAAUGAGAAAUAAUGUCAGAGAUAAUAAAUUGCCAGAUUUGGGAUGUUUUCCAAAUGAAUUUGCUGUUAAUUCAAGUUUGAGAUAUGAUUGGGCAGGUUUAGUUGACUUUGGUUAUACUGAUAGAUGUCGAUUUUAUAGAGCUUCGACAGAUGCAUUAUUUUUACGUGUACUUCGUCUUAAUCCAGAAAAAGAUGGAAAUAUAUGGCUACCAAGGGAUCAAUAUGGAGCUGAAGUAUCAUUUCGAGUACUAAAAGAUUUGAAAGAGAAAUUCGUGAAUGCAUGGAAACGAGACGUUAAUGAACAUUUUGAAAAUGUAAAGAAAUAG